UGAAUAUUCAUGACGUAAGGUCCUCUUCUGUAGUCGACAGUGUUUGUAGUUUUCAGCGGGAUGUUUGAUGGAUUCACGAGCGGAUUAUUUCCUCGGUCUUGAUUUCAGCACGCAGCAGAUGGUAUUCUGAGGUAAUUGAGAUGUCACUGUGAAUCUGGACACCGCAAUGAUUGUGACGGAUGAUCUGAUGUGUUUAAGCUGAAAGUGAUCGCUGUUGAUGCACAUCUGGAGGUGAUCGAUCAGAAUGCGGUUCAUUUCGACAGCGAGCUGCAGGAGUUCAGGACUCACGGAGGAGUUCAUAUUCAUGAUGAUAAACUUACAGUAACAUCACCUGUACUGAUGUGGGUGAAGGCACUCGAUGUCCUCCUGAAGAAAAUGAAGGACUCAGGGUUUGACUUCUCUCGUGUCCGGGCCAUCUCAGGCAGUGGACAGCAACAUGGCAGUGUGUACUGGAGAACGGGUGCGAAACAAACCCUGAAUCAUCUCGACCCAAAGCAACCUUUAAAUAUCAUUUUACAGAAGUGUUUUUCGGUUCGGGACAGUCCGGUGUGGAUGGACUCGAGUACAUCAGAGCAGUGUCAGUGUCUGGAGGCAGCAGUAGGGGGCGCUCAGAAUCUCGCUGACAUCACCGGCUCAAGAGCCUAUGAGCGCUUUACUGGAAAUCAGAUCUCCAAGAUGUAUCGAUUGAAGCCGAGUGAAUACAGUGAAACAGAGAGAAUAUCACUGGUCAGUAGUUUCGCUGCUUCUGUGUUUCUGGGUGACUACGCACCGAUCGAUUGCAGUGAUGGGUCAGGAAUGAAUCUGAUGGAUAUUUGCAGCAAACGUUGGUCACGGUCGUGUCUGAAUGCUACAGCGCCACAGCUGACCCGAAGACUCGGUGACCCUGUGCCAUCAACCUCAGUUCUGGGUGGCAUUUCUACAUAUUUUGUUGAACGCUACGGGUUUUCAAAGAACUGUGAAGUGGUGGCUUUUACAGGAGAUAACCCUGGAUCACUGGCUGGUAUGAGACUCUGUGAAGGGGAUGUAGCUGUAAGUUUAGGCACGAGUGACACUGUGUUUCUAUGGAUCAAAGAGCCCAAACCUGCAUUAGAAGGACACAUUUUCUGUAAUCCUGUGGACUUUGAUGCAUACAUGGCUUUAAUUUGUUUUAAAAACGGCUCUUUCACUCGAGAGAGAAUCCGUGAUGAAUUUGCUGAAGGAUCAUGGGAUUGUUUCUCCAGUGCACUGAGGUCUACACAGAUGGGAAACGGAGGGAACAUAGGGAUGUAUUUUGAUGUGAUGGAGAUCACUCCUCCUGUGGCUGGUGUUCACAGGUUUGAUGCUGAAGGUCAGAAGGUCGCUGUGUUUGACCCAAAGGUGGAAAUUCGAGCGCUGGUUGAAGGACAGUUCUUGGCCAAACGGCUUCACGCUGAAAAGCUGGGCUAUAAGAUCAUUCCAGGCACUCGAGUGCUGGCAACAGGUGGAGCUUCAUCAAACCAGGACAUUUUACAGGUUCUGUGUGAUGUCUUCAACGCUCCGGUUUACACCAUUGAUGUGAUGAAUUCUGCCUGUCUGGGCUGUGCUUACAGAGCUCUGCAUGGUGUUGUGGCAGAGCAGUCGGUGUCUUUCUCAGAGGCGCUCAGAAUGGCUCCAGAUCCUCAGCUGGCCGUCACACCGACUCCAGGAGCUGAAGAGGUUUAUGCGCGGAUGCUGCAAAGAUUCGCUGAGCUGGAGGCAGAAAUACUGGAGAACAAACCCGAAUGAAUCUGAAACAUCAAUCGGUUCUCUUCUAUACAAACAUAGAUUUACAAACAUCAUCAGUGUCUUAACCAGGUGAUACCUAAUCAUUCUGAAAUCAUUUUAAACUCUUAUGAUUGACUGCAACAAAGAAAUGAAAAUAUGAUAAUAUGAUAAAAUACAUGACGUUACCGGUGUAAUAAAACACAUCUAGGGGUCGUUCCGGUUCGUUUGAAGCGUUCAAUGCAUGUCACCUUAACAAUAAAAAUGUCUGAUGAGUUCUCUA